AAGACGAAAGCGGAGGUGGCACGGGAACGGCACCUGAACCCGAUUCCUCUCCUCCAUCUCCAUCUCCUGCCCGUGACCUUUGCGUGCGUGUCCUGUGCUGCCGAGCCCAUCUGCUCAUAUCGCCGGUGCUCUGCUUCCCGCGCGCGCAUGCACGGGGGCGGAAAUGGGGCGGGAGGCAGGCAGGGGCGCCGACGCUGACGGCGGUCCCCCGCCGCGGCCGCCGCCGUCCCCGCCCGCCACGGGGAGCAAGGCCGAGAGCCUCCGGGACAGGGUGUCCUUCGCUCCCUCCUCCAGGACCCGCACCCGCCCUUCGUGCUGGGCAGGCAUCAGGAUCCGUCGGGUUCGCCGGAGCAGGAGCGGAGCGGGCGGCGGCGAGCAGGACGCGGCUCCCGCCGUGAGGACGGUCUCCACCUCGCGCGUGUGCGGCGGCAGCCGUGGUUGCAGCGGUUGCGGCGGCAGGGCGGACGCGACGGCCGGGGCCAGGUCCCUCCUCCAGCGCAACGAUUUCUACUGCGACGACUGCAACACUCACAGGCAGUUAUCAGUAUUUCCGACAAGGCCGACGGCAUCUUCCCAGUACUUAGAAUCUGCUUUUAGUACUACUGGCUGGAUCAUCGAGGAGCGGCGACAGCGUCUGGGCCCUGAGAUGGUGGAGAUGUUGGCUCUGAUGAAGGAUUGGGAGCUAGGAGAUGCAAGACUUCAACAUGCCGUGGAGGAUCAAGAACUUGAAGACUCUUUUCAAAACUUGUUUCUUGAUGAAGAAUCUGUCUAGUGUGGUGGUGUACUGGUGUGGACAUGUGGUACAGAAUUUGAACUUGAACUUGAACUGAUGUUGAUGUACUUGAAGAGCUGGCUGUACUCUUUUUUCCUUUGUAGGAUUUGUGCUCACGAGGUGUGAGGUUUUACCUACAAAGAUUUUUAAUGAGGCAGCAAAUAAAACAAGUCAAGUUAAUACUUGUUGUCCUUUUCAUAUUUGUGAAUGUGUAUGUUUGAAUGCUUAGUGCCUUGA